UCUGUGUGUGUGUGUGUGUACACACAGACAGUGUGAUGGCGUUGUUACGGGAGCUGGGCCGUGGUUACCAGGCGCUGUGCUCCUACAACUGCAGGGAGGCCAUCAACAUCCUGAGCUCACUGCCUCCACAGCACUACAGCACUGGCUGGGUCCUCACGCACAUCGGCAGAGCCUACUUUGAACUGGCCGAGUACACACAGGCGGAGCGUCUGUUCAGUGAGGUGCGCAGGAUGGAGUCGUACAGAGUUGAAGGGAUGGAGAUUUACUCGACGACGCUGUGGCACCUGCAGAAAGAUGUUGCUCUGUCAGUUCUGUCCAAAGACCUGACAGACAUGGACAAGAACUGUCCUGAGGCCUGGUGUGUUGCUGGUAACUGUUUCAGCCUACAGAGGGAGCAUGACAUUGCUAUCAAAUUCUUCCAGAGGGCCAUCCAGGUGGACCCAGGCUUUGCGUACGCAUACACUCUGUUAGGUCAUGAGUUUGUUCUGACCGAGGAGUUGGACCGAGCACUCGCCUGCUUUCGAAACGCCAUUAGAGUCAACAACAGACACUACAAUGCAUGGUAUGGUCUGGGAAUGAUAUACUACAAACAGGAAAAGUUCAACUUGGCAGAAAUCCACUUUAAGAAAGCUCUCAGCAUCAACCCACAGAGCUCAGUGCUGCUCUGCCAUAUUGGUGUGGUGCAGCAUGCUCUGAAGAAGUCAGAUGCAGCAUUAGAGACUCUGAACAGAGCGAUUGGCAUCGAUCCUAAAAAUCCUCUCUGCAAGUUUCACCGAGCGUCCAUUCUGUUCGCUAAUGACAAGUACAAGGCAGCUCUUCAGGAAUUGGACGAGUUGAAACAAAUAGUUCCUAAAGAAUCUCUUGUGUAUUUCCUAAUAGGAAAGGUGUAUAAGAAGUUGGGUCAGACUCACUUGGCUCUGAUGAACUUCAGCUGGGCCAUGGACCUGGAUCCUAAAGGAGCCAACAACCAGAUCAAAGAGGCCAUCGACAAGAGAUACCUGCCCGAGGAUGAAGCGGUGGAGUUGGACGACAGUCAGGACAGCAGCAUCAUGACGGACGCUGACGACACGCAGCUCCACACAGCAGAGAGUGAUGAAGUACUUUAGCCACACCCAUCUUGCUCAAGCAAAGCCCCGCCUCAUGUUGUUUGGUUGGAGGACUGCUGUUGCUAGGCAACACUCUGAGACAGUCAGUUAAGCUCCACCCCUUAUCCUUUUAAAGAGACUGCUGCCUCCCUGAAGCCCGCCUUCUCUUCCUCUGACAUUACUUUUUUUUAAAUUUCUUUUAUCAUCAUAAUGGAAAUGAAUAAACAUAUGUAAACCCCG